UCAGAUGCGAACCCGGCGGCUCGUGACUACAGCGGUCGUCUGCCCGUCUCCUAUCUUCCGGAGACACCCAACGGCGAAAAACUGAAGAGUAAGCUGGCGGUUCGCACCGCGCCUGCCAUAGUGCAGCGUGAUCCUGACCAUCAUUUUACCCUUCCCGGUCUUCUGAACCGCCAUUUCCACUGA